ACAGCCAACAUUGGAAAAUGUCGCAGUACUCAGGAAAGAUCGUCUUCUAUGAGGGACAAUGUUUCACCGGGAGGAAACUGGAGAUCUGCGGUGAGUGCGACAACUUCCAGGACCGCGGCUUCAUGAACAGGGUCAACUCCAUUCGCGUGGAGAGCGGGGCCUUCAUCUGCUUCGACCACCCAGACUUCAAGGGCCAGCAGUACAUACUGGAGCACGGGGAGUAUCCUGAGCUCCAGCGCUGGAAUGCCCACAAUGACCACAUGGGCUCCUGCAGGCCCAUCAGAAUGCAUGGAGAACACUACAGGAUGGAGCUGUUUGAGGGUGCUAACUUCGCCGGCCAGUGCGUGGAGCUGUGUGAUGACUGUCCAUUCCUGCAGGGAAAAGGCCUGUCGAAGAACUGUGUCAACUCCAUCAGAGUCUACGGAGAUGGCGCCUGGGUCUUGUAUGAGGAGCCUAACUUCCGUGGUCGCAUGUACAUUGUGGAGAGAGGAAACUAUGCCGCCCACACCGACUGGCAGGCCGAGACCCCCAACAUCCAGUCUGUUCGCAGGGUGGCCAACUACUUUUAA